GUGCGCGGCCACGGCACCUACGUCUGCCGCGGCGACACGUCCCUCGUGAGCUGCGGCGCCGGCUACCUCGAGCGCGUGAACAAGCUCGUGAGCGUCGUGCCCGUGCGCGGGCGCUACGGCGGCGAGGUCGGGGACCUGGUCGUGGGCACGGUGGUCGAGAUCGCGCACAAGGCCUGGAAGGUCGACGUCGGCGCGUCGCGCCUGGCCACGCUCGCGCUGUCGAGCGUCACGCUCCCGAACGACGCGCAGCGCAUCCGGACGCACGCGGACGCGCUCGCGAUGCGCGCGCUCUACGCCGAGGGCGACGUCGUCUGCUGCGAGGUCAUGGCCGUGCACGGCGACGGGUCCGUGCACCUGCACACGCGGUCGAACCGCUACGGCAAGCUCGGCAACGGGCGCCUCGUCGCCGUGAACUCGCACCUCGUGCGGCGCCUGCCGCGCCACUUCGUCGCGCUGCCCCGGGACGUCGACGUCGAGCUCGCCGUGGGCAACAACGGCGUCGUCUGGGUG